CUCUGAUUGGCGGAAAUAUCCUGAAAAGAUCGAGCGGACGCGGCGUGAUUGGUGGAAAUACCUUCCAGCAUACUGCGGAUUCAUUUUUCGAUUUUCACCGACAACAGCAAGCGACCAUGGCCCGUACGAAGCAGACUGCGCGCAAGUCCACGGGCGGCAAGGCGCCCCGCAAGCAGCUCGCCACGAAGGCUGCCCGCAAGUCCAUGCCCGCCACCGGCGGCGUGAAGAAGCCCCACCGCUACCGCCCGGGUACGGUCGCUCUCCGCGAGAUCCGCCGGUACCAGAAGUCGACGGACCUCCUGAUCCGCAAGCUGCCGUUCCAGCGCCUCGUCCGUGAGAUCGCCCAGGACUACAAGACGGAUCUGCGCUUCCAGACGACGGCUAUCCUGGCGCUGCAGGAAGCCGCCGAGGCCUACCUUGUCUCGCUCUUUGAAGACACCAACCUGUGCGCGAUCCACGCGAAGCGCGUGACCAUCAUGCCCAAGGACAUCCACUUGGCCCGCCGUAUCCGCGGCGAACGCACGUAAACGGCGCGUAUAUGUGUCUCUUUUUACCCCGAACGCGAUGUGCACCGCCUGUCCCGUCUUCCUAGUACGAGCAGCGCUGCCAGCGACGGCAGUGCGAAGCGAACGGGUUUAUAUAUUUUAAAGCAACGAGACUAAGAAUCGUCUUGACAAACCCG